AUGAAGAGAAGAGUAGAUUAUAUUUUAGAAAAAGUCAAUUUCAACAGUAAAAACCAGGUAAACAUGCUUUUUUCGCACAUGCUAAUAAUAAUACGGAAACAUCACAAAAUUACCAAGAUAACUGUGUUCGUAUGGUAUACUGACACAAACAAAGAAAAUAAUAUUCUGCCAUUUAAUUCAUCUUGUGAGGAGUAUCCAGAUAAAUUAUCAUUCAACCAGAUGGACCAAAUUGUUGCAGAGGUUAUCCCCGAAACAAAUAAUAAAUCAUUAACGGAUAGCCCCUCCAUAAUAGAAAACUCUCCGAACCGAUCCAUUCCAUACUUUGACCCAAAGGUGCUUUGUGUAGUUGACACCAACAAGCUACAAACGAAAAUGCAAAUCCAGGAAUUUACUAUAGUUUUAGAACCAGAGUUCAACAAUUCUGAACAGUCACAUGUACCUAAUAAUGAAAAAGAAUACCCACCGUCAAAAAAGUCAUAUCGUGAUUCGUCAACAUCAUCUGACAGUACUACUUCUUCUUCAAGUAGAUCUUCAUCAUCAUCGUCGUCGUCUUCUGAUGCUCACACCAAUUUUUACAAAAAUAUAUCAAAUACCAAUUUAUCCAUAGAUGGGCCUUCCACAUCCAACUUGACGGGUCAAGUUACACGCAAAAAUACAAAGAAUUACCAUCAGUCACCCAUUCAUUCAAAUGAAAGUGAUGUAGACUUAAGUGACACAGACCCAACUUAUACUCUUGAUAGCUCUCGGUCUAGAAGAACUACUCGUUUAUCCAGCAGCAGUUCUUCAUCUUCAGCCAACACUGCCCUCGAAUUGACUAAAACUUCCGAGACAACUAGAAAAUCAAGAAAACGCAUACGAAAUCCAUCAAACUGGAAGCAAAAUGUUGCAAAAAUCUUAAGAAACACUGGAAAGGCUUAUGUUUCAUGUACCACUAAAAAGGAAGUAUCGGCCCGUGUCAUUAAAGAUGCUUGUAAAUGUAGACUUAAAUGUCCAGAAAACGUCGUUGAUGCAGACAGAAAAACAUUGUUUGAUAAAUAUUGGUCAUUAGGCAACAUAGAACUACAAAGAUCUUUCAUACGAAAUUGCAUGAUGGAAAUUAAGCCAAAGUACAAAUAUAGUAAUUCUGCUAAACCUAGACUACCGAAUAAUGCAUUUUAUUUCACAAUAAAUAACACCCGAAUUCGGGUAUGUAAGACUUUCUUCAUUAAUACUCUGGGAAUAUGCGAUCGUCAGAUCAGAACAGUAAAAAAGAAGACUGACCCACAAGGAUUCUUAACUACCGAUAUAAGAGGUAAGCACGUGUCAAGACAGCCUAUAGAUCCAGCACUCAUUGAGAAUAUUAAACAACACAUAAACUCAAUUCCAAGAAUAGAGUCUCAUUAUUUGAGAGCAGCAACUACCAGAGAAUACAUCAGUGGGGAUAGAACCUUAACUGACAUCUGGAAAGAUUUUGAUAAAAUUCAAAAACAAGAAGGUAAACCUUCUUGUGACUAUUGGAUCUACUAUGAAAUUUUUACAAAACAAUUUAAUAUUAGCUUUUUUCAACCGAAAAAAGACAGAUGUGAUUUAUGUCUAGACUAUGAAGUUGCAACGGUGGAUCAGAAAACAAAAAUAAAAGAUAAAUACGAUGAGCACCUUAAAGAAAAAAAUUUGUGUCGCCAAGAAAAACGCCUAGACCGCCAAAACAUCAAUGAUACAUUCAUUUGCUCUGUUUAUGAUUUACAAGCUGUCACGCAGUGCCCUACUGGAGACAUUUCUUCGUUUUUUUACAAAUCAAAACUCAAUUGUCUAAAUUUCACUAUAGUAGAAUUAAUGGCUAAGAAAUCAGAAAUACCUAAAAAACGUAAAAUAAAUGAAGAAUACAAUGAAAAUGACAUAGGUGCUUACAGUGACGUGUACAGCUACUUUUGGGAUGAAGUGCAAGGAAACAGGGGAGCUAAUGAAAUAGGAUCGUGUAUUCUAGACUAUCUGAACAACUUAAAUGAACAAAAUCCGAAUAAAAAUCUUCAUGUCACUUUUUAUUCGGAUAAUUGUUGUGGACAGAAUAAAAAUAAGUUUAUAAUAACGUUAUAUUCUUAUGCAGUUACUCAUUUUGAAAACAUAGAAACCAUCAGUCACAAAUACUUCAUCAAGGGACAUUCACAAAACGAAGGAGAUAAUGUUCAUAGCUUGAUUGAGAAAGAAGUUAAAAAAAACAAAAAAGGUGGACCAAUUUAUGCACCAUAUCAAUAUGUAACUCUGAUUAAAAAUGCUCGUAAGAAUGGGAAACCUUUUACCGUUAAAGAGUUAACAUACGAGUUUUUCACUAAUUUAAAGGCACUUCAAGAACUAUGGGGAUAUAAUUUUAAUGAAGAUGAUGAUAAAAACAAUGUUAUUUUGAAUGACGUAAAAGUUUUGCAGUUUAAUAAAGCCGAACCAUUUAUCUUCUCUUAUAAAACUUCGUACAGUCAAAGUGAGUUCAAAAAGGUUAACAUAAGGAACAAACGUAAGAAAAUGAUGAGUCCAGAAGAAAUAACUGUGACCAAAGCAUUUUCACAAAGACUAGAGUUAAGUGAACGUAAGAAAAAAGACUUGCGCGAUCUCAUUAAUAAAAACCUAAUUCCUAGUUAUUACGCAGAUUUUUAUAACUCUAUACUGUAA